AUGACAUACGGUGGAAGCCAUCGGCUGAUCGAGGAGGAAACACUACCCCUGUUUUCUCAGAAGCGUUACUACCCAGUCAAAAUUGGCGACAUCUUCAAACAACAAUAUCGAAUCAUUGCAAAGCUAGGUUAUGGAGCGUAUUCCACCGUUUGGCUUGCUCGAGACGAGAUGCUAGUAACCCGAGCGUCUUUAUAA